GUCGCCAUGGAGAUGGCGGAGGUUGUACACAAAUCAGUGCAGACUAGAGCCACAGAGGAGAGAGAGUGAGGGGAGCUGAUGUGAGUUUGCCAUGGCUGAGAGAGAGAACGUUCAUAUUCCUCCACUUGCGGAUACCUUUGAAGAAAAUGAAACAGAAAAAGCAUUUCUUAUGUCCAAGCCAACCUGCUUUCUUAUCGUUGGAAAGCCAGGUACGGGAAAGGCUACUCUUGGGAAGAAGCUUUCACAGUCAUGGAACUGCAUUUUUAUUGAAGCCAAAGAACUGAUUAAUGAGCACAUUAAGCGGGAAACAGAUGAAGGCAUUAUGAUUCAAGAACUACUUUACAAGGGUCAGAGCAUACAAGAUGAACUCAUAAUACAGCUUAUAGUGAACAAGAUAAAUUCUGCAGAAGUGGCCCACCAUGGUUACAUGCUUUGUGGGCUUCCAUCCCUCUCUGAAGAGUUCAUAAAGAUUGCAGAAGAGAUUGAAUUAAUAAAGAAUUUUACAUUAAAACCUGAUGUCAUCAUCAAUAUCAAGUGUCCAGACAAAGACUUAAGCAGAAGGCUAAGUGGACUUAAGCAAGAUCCAGGAACAGGAAGAAUUUAUAAGCGUGAAGAAUGGGACCCUGCUCUAAAAGAGAAGAAGAAAAAGCCUCAGGAAGGCGAAGAAGAAGAAGGGGAGGAAGAGGAGGAAGAAGAGCUAGAAGAAGAGGAGGAAGAAUUUGACAAUUCAAAAGAAGUUUUAAACCAGCUUGUAUAUAGACCAGAAGACUUCCCUGAAAAUGUUGAAGAGCGCAUACGGUUAUACAAGGACACUCUUUUACGUCCUGUAGAGGAUCUUAUGAUCGAUCACGACCCUCAAUACCUCAUUGAACUUGAUGGAAAUAAGAAAUCUGAUGAACUCUUUGUAUCCGUUUUAUCCCGUCUGGAGUCGCUGGGUCUUCGUCAUGGAGCUGUUGUAAUGAAGCUUCACAACUCAGAAGAAGAGGAGUCAGUCGAAGGCCUAGACAGUGAUGAACUAAUGAGGACACUUUCAUCCUACCGUAUGAUUGCACCAAGAUACAGGUGGCGCAGAAGCAGAUGGGGUACUUUAUGUCCUGUGGCUUUGAAGGAGGGAUAUAUUAGGAAAGGAUUGGCAGAAUUUGCUGUUAGUUUUCUAGAUAAAAUGUACUUCCUUUCUUGUGAGGAAUCAUUGAUAAACUUCGUGCAGAAUCCUCGGCCAUACCUUCUUCCUCCUAUGCCACUACCUCCCUGCAAGGUGGCCGUUCUUGGACCAAAAUCCUCAGGGAAGACAACAGUCUGCAACUUAAUAGCUAAUAAAUACUCAGGAAAGGUAUUUGACAUGUCUAUGCUUAUUAUACCGUACAUGGAAGAAGCUAAACAAAAUGCCUUGGUAAAAGCUUGUGAAGAGGCCACUGAAAAAGCCAUAGAAGCUGUCAAACAAAAGUUACAGCAAGAGAAAUUACUGAAAGCAGAAGAAGAUGCUCAGAAAGAAACAGAAAAGGAAGAAGAACCUGAUGAAUCAUCAAGUCAGGUGGAUGAAGACCGAAUUGAAAAAGAAAACACAGAAAACACAGAAGAUCUGGAUACAACUGAGAAGAUUCGGGAGCAAAAAGAAGAACCAAUAGAGAAGACAGAGGAACAAAGUGUCCUUGAAGAAGCAGAACCUGUAGAAGAGGUCACUGCUGAUCAUCCUGAAGUCCAGCAAAUGGUAGCGGAAGCCAUGAGAUUAGUACAAGAGACCCCAGUAACACUAAAUCCAGACGUUUAUGUCAGUGCACUGGAUAAAGCUAUUACAGAGUUCAAUGAGGAAAAUAAAGAGCGAUUUCCUGGUGCCCCCGCUGUUGGAGGAUGGGUGUUAGAUAAUUUCCCUAAUUCACCUAAUUAUUGGAUACCUUUGGCAGAAAAGGGAUUUCUUCCAGACACUGUCAUUUGUUUAAAAAAUCAAGCAGAUAAUGGAAAGUACUUACUCAAUAGACUCUACCUCCUAAAUGAACAGGAGAUUAAUAAUAACAUAUUACACAGGCUCCAGAAGGAACGAGCAAGAAAGAUACAAGAAGAAGAAGAAGCAAGAAAAGAACAACAGGAGAUCAUACGAUUGCAAGAACAGGAAAAGAGAAAGCUAGAAGAGAUGAAAAAACAAACUGAUGGUUCAGAAGAAAUGCAAAAAGAGUCAGAAGAGCAAGGUGCAGUGGAUGCUGAUCAUCUAGGUCCCUCAGAACCAGUUUCAACCAAGCAAGAUUUGACAGCCACUAUAGCGGAGCCGGAAAUACAUUCAGAUACAGAGCAGCCGGAGCCAGAGCAAGAAAUUGUUUUACCUGAAGUUCCUGAGGGAGGAUAUCCAGAUGUACCAGAGAUAGAACCAUUCAAGCAGCUCAUAAACACAUUUAAUGAAGAAUGGCAAUUGCUGCAGCCAGUGUUUGCUGACUCAUCCAUGGUUAAUGUCGCUUUCCUGGAAGUAGCCGAUAAAUCACCAGAAAUGCUUCUACAAGACGCAGUGACAUCUAUGGAAAGGCCAUUUCAGUAUCAGGGAUGGGAAAUAACAUCCCAGGACAUAGAUGAAGAAGCAGAAGACAUACAAGCAGAGUUGGAAGCUGGUGAGGAAGAAGAGGAACACGAAGAAGAGGAGGGGGAAGAGGCCGAAGAAGAUGAGGAUGUUACACAUGAAAAAAAUAAACAAUAUGGAGACUCUAAACAUUUCUGCCCAGUGGCUUUUAAAGAUAAGCACAUUCUUCACCCGGGACAAGUGGAUUAUGCAGCAAUAUACAGAGAGAAGAUGUACUACUGCUCCAGUCCUGAAGCAAGGAAGACAUUUCUUGAGAAUCCUCAGUAUUACGUUGCUCAUGAAGAACCCUUACAAGCUCCACCUUUGAGAGUGCUGCUGAUUGGUGCAAGUGGUACUGGCAAGACAGUUCAUUCAAGAUGGUUAGCAGACAAACUGGGCUUGUUCCACAUUCAGUUCAAAGAGCGCCUCCAAGAAAUCAUGCUGUCUAAGCUGGAGAAAAAGAUCGGACCUCAGUAUGAAGAAGACACAGUCGAGGAUGAUUCAGAAGAGGAAGCCAUACUGCUUGGACUGGAAAAUGGAGACACAGAUGAAAACAGAAAAGAAAAUAGCACCGAGCCAAAGGAAGAAGUGGUGUUAACUGAAGAGGAAGAAGCAGUCAAGUCAUAUUUAGCAGACAAUGAGCCUCUACCAACUGAAGUUCUGGACCAGCUUGUGGUUGAAUGGUGGACUAAAGAACCUUUUCAUGCAACUGGAUUUGUAUUGGAUGGCUUCCCUAAUACAGUUGACGAAGUCCAAUACAUAGGUGACCAUGGCUUGUUCCCAGAGAUUGCGAUCUUACUAGAAGCUGACGAGAGUGACAUUUGUGACAGGUUACUGCCCCCUCGUUUAACUAAUUGGCAAGAGCGACGAAGAAAAAGGGAAGAGCGAAAACAGAGAAUUAGAGAUAUGAAGAAGAAAACAAGGGAUGAGCAGAUUGCCAAAAGACGAGCUGAACUUUUAGCUGAGCAAAAUGAGGAGAAAACGGGACAGAAGGAAAGAGAAGGCAGUGAUGAAGAGGAGGAGGAAGAAGAGGAAGAGGUUGACAACAUUGAGCUGAUCCUUGCAGAAGAGUUUCCAGAGGAAGAAGAGGAGGAGCAGGAAGAAGAAGAGGAAGAAGAUGCCAUUGAAAGAAUGAAAACGGAAAUUGGAGAAAAGUUUGAGGCAGAUACUGAGUCUCUCCAAUCAGUCAAGGAAGAACUCCAAAGCCUAAUGAUACCUUGUAUUACAAUUAAUGCAAGUCGAAAACCAUAUAUUGUAUGUUUUCAGCUCUUUGAUAAGCUGAAGUAUAUAGUGGAAAAUCGUGCAAGCCUCUUUGAAAAAUGUUACCCAAUCAGCUUAUCCAUUGCUAGCAAAAUGCUUCAUGUAUCCUAUAAGCACCCCAGUAUCUUCGGACGAUGGGACCCAGUAAAGCUGAGCCAAGGAGAAGUAAUUAAACCCUUUAGAAACCAAGAAAAUCCAGGCUAUCCAUUGAUCUACCGCCAAUACAUUUAUUUCUUCUCAACAAAAGAAAACAGAGACGUUUUUACGAGGAAUCCCAUUAAAUUUAUACGUCAGCCAAAACCAAAACCAUCAGUGCCAAUAAGAAUUGCAGUUCUUGGUCCUCCAAAAUCUGGAAAGACAACAGUUGCCAAGAUGUUUACAAGAACAUAUGGAUUACAGCGCCUUUCCAUAGGAGAUGCCAUACGUUCUGUGCUAGAAGACCAGCCUAACACUGAACUUGCAUUAGAGAUAAAGAGUCAUCUUGAAAAGGGAAUGGUUGUGCCUGAUGAUCUGGCAAUAAGAUGUUUAGAAAUAGCAAUGAUGGAUCUAACAUGCAAUACAAUAGGAGUUGUUUUUGAUGGAUAUCCUGCAACGAAACAACAAGCUGAUCUUCUGGAAGCAUGCAGCAUAAUACCAAUAAAAAUCUUUCAGCUAGAACUACCAGUGAAAGAAGUUUUAAGAAGAGGAUUUCAAGAGAAGAGGGACACAAAAAGCAGACCUUACCCUGUGCAUGAUAGCACCCAGAUUUUAACUGUGCGUAACUCCAAUUAUAAGCAGGAGAUUAAUCGUAUUAAGGAUUAUCAUGUAAAACAACAUCAAAACUGGUGUGAAGUAGAUGCAAUGCGCAGCAAGUGGUGGGUGUCAAACAAGAUUAUUGAAGAGGUCUGUGCAAGUCUCAACCAAAUCCAAACCUACCUGGAGAGAAUAAAGGAAGGUAAAGCGUCUGCUGUGGCUGACUUCUGUAUCAGUCCUCAUGAGCUGCUGUCUCGGCUGGGAGAGUUUGGACAAUACUGUCCUGUGAGUCUGGCACAAAGGGGGGAGCUCGUAGAUUGUUCUGUAACAUCAUCCCUGCAGUUUGCAGCCGAGUUCCGAGGACACUACUACAGGAUGGCUUCACAAGAGGAGCUUGAUGCUUUCAUAAAAGCUCCAGAGUUAUAUGUGCCCCCAUUGGCACCACGUCCACUUCCUCCUCCUGAAAUGUUACCUAAGAGGUUAACAGUGGCUGAUGUGAAAUCAAAGUUCCCCAAAAAUGCAGAGAUGAAGGGGUACUGUCCAGUUACCUAUGUGGAUGGCAAAAAGAGGUAUGAAGCUCUUGUUUCUGGACACCUUGAAAAUGCGGUGGAGUACGGAGAUAAAAUAUAUAUUUUUGAAAGUGAAGAAAAGUUACAAAGGUUUAUGAGACUUCCAGGAAAAUAUUGGAACCAUAAACUGCCAUCCAAACUCCCUCCAAAGAUGGAGCCAAUAAUGCUGACAUCUCUGCCUUUAACGGGAUACCUAGAACAGGGAGCAGCGACUGCUAUAAUAAAAGCAUUAAAUGAUGUGGGAUGUCUAAAGCCAAAGUAUCCAUUUUUAAGCGUAAAACAGUCAGCCCUGCUGUAUAUUGCGUAUCACCUAAAAGCGUACAAUCCACGGAACUCUGAUUAUAUUCGGAAGAAAUACAAAAGGAAAAUGGAGCAAUUUUUGGACUGCUGUGAACUCAUCACUUACCUUGGAAACAAGAUGACUCGCAAAUACAAAGAACCUCAGAGGAGGCCAAUUGACUUUGACUACAAAAUGCAGUCGUUUCUUUCACUUAGAAAUGUGAAUCCAACAUGUAUUUAACAGAUACUUUCAAACAUAUCCAAAAAUGUAUAUGUGUACGGUUUGUCAGGGAUAUGUUAAAGUUAUGAGUAAUGAAGUAUGUAAUAAUAUAUGAUCAUUUGUCUGCUUAGU